AGAGCCUCUUGCCUUUCACGUCCACCUUCAGCGCCGCGCCAGACUCCUCUGCGCGUCAAUAACCUAUCCACCUACCAGAUAAUUUCUGGCUAUAUCUAGCGAAGCAUCAUGCUGAUCAAAGUUAAGACGUUGACCGGGAAGGAGAUCGAGCUGGACAUUGAUCCUGAGGACAAGAUCACCCGGAUCAAGGAGAAGGUCGAGGAGCAGUCCGGUGUCCCCCCGCCACAGCAGCGACUCAUCUUCUCUGGGAGGCAAAUGCCAGACGAGAAGACUGCGAAGGAUUUCGGCAUCACCCCGGGAUCCGUCCUCCAUCUUGUCCUUGCGCUCCGUGGUGGGCAGUGAGAGGAGGAAGUCGCACAUCGCUGUCGAGAAAUCCAUAACCUGUAACCACCAUGUUUUAUUAGAUUGCUAUCCUCUGCAUACACCCUCUGAUUCCCUUCGCGCAA